UGGAGAACACGGGGAACCUAUCCAACAAUCUGACAAGCCUUGGCGCAGAGCAUCACGCGCGUGUCCGGUGCGCGCUCCUCAUCUAGGGACCCCAGUGGAUAAGCAUCCUUUUGCUGUUUAAUUCGAAUUUGGUUGCAUCAAGGAUUUUUUUUUUUUUUGCAUUUGAAUUAUUCCUCUGGAUUUCUGCUCCUGAGGGAGGUCAAUGCGGCACCCGGCCUUGGUUUGUGCGGUUUUCGCCGCCUGGGUUUGCAGUUUCCCAGCUCCAGCGUCAUGCGGCGGUCAUUUAAAUUACAGACCCGUGAUCGGUGUUUUAGCCCAAGAAAAUUUGGAAGGUGACCAUGAUGCCAAAGGAUCCUCCUAUAUAGCUGCUUCCUAUGUGAAGUAUUUGGAGUCGGCCGGUGCCAGAGUUGUGCCAAUAAGGAUAAAUGAGACAGAAGAGGAAUAUAGCAAACUCUUCUACUCAAUAAAUGGGUUGUUGCUGCCAGGUGGAGACGUGAAUAUUGAGGAGUCCCAGUUUAGCAGAGUGGCCAAGAUUUUCUAUGAACUAGCAAUCAAGGCCAAUGAUGCCUCUGAUUAUUUUCCUAUAUGGGGAACUUGUCAAGGCUUCCAGCAGCUGACGGUUCUGACCAGCAACAAGAAUCUUCUGACAUUAACCAACACUAAAGCAGUCGCUCUGCCACUCAUCUUUGCUUCAGGAGCACAGAACAGCAGGCUGUUUAAAAGCUUCCCAAAGGACCUACUUCAGUCCCUUUCAUCUGAGAACAUCACAUCCAACUUCCACAGCUGGAGCUUGUCCAUACAGAAUUUCACCCGCAAUGCCAAACUCAAGCGCUUCUACAAAGUCCUGACCACAAAUACAGAUGGCAGGAAGGAGUUUAUUUCUACCAUGGAAGCUUACCGAUAUCCGUUCUAUGCUGUUCAGUGGCACCCUGAGAAAAGCCAGUUUGAGUGGAUAGACAAACCAGGCAUGAUCCAUUCCGUCUCGGCCAUCAGAGCUUCCUUCUACACAGCAGCCUUCUUCGUCUCUGAAGCUAUGAAAAACCAGCACCGCUUUCCCACACCAAGUGAUGAGGAAAAGGCUCUUAUUUACAACUACAUUCCUGUCUUCAAAGGAGUUAACAGCAUCUUCAUUCAGAAUUACUACUUUGAUUAGAUCUGCUCUUGGUACAUGACGGUAUUAAAGUCAAUAUCAAGCUGGUACUUGCUUUCUUAGAUGUCUUAUUGUGAGAGCAGCAGCAUAUUCACUGUAGCUAACAUGAAAUGAUUUUGUUUAAUUUUAUCCUUUAACAUUUUACUGUGAAUCUUGUAGCACAAGCUGCACAUCUGCGACACUUGAAUGUUUGUUUUUUGUGGUUUUUAUUUAUAAUUUUUUUUUUUCUCUUCUUGCUUAAGUCACUUACUAAUUUAGUGACUUAAAGCUGACAAUUGUUGCAUGUUUAAGAUGAACCUAGUCGAACGUACCAGUGCUGUCCGAUGUGAGUAGAUCAGCGACGCUGUAUUAGUACUGAGGUUGUACAACAUGUAGAUUCUUGUGAUCAAGACCAUCUUGUAGGUAGUCUUGCUUUUAUUCCUAUCUUGACUGUUUUUAAUUAGCAGGUUUCACUGUACAUUUGACAACACAUUGCAGAAUAAACCCGAGCAUGAAGCCUUUUAAAAACA